AGUGCUUCGGUGAUCAUAGACUACAACUGCACAUGAUGAGUCAUAGUAACGUUAGGAAUUUCAAGUGUACAUCGUGUGACAAAGCAUUCAAAACCAAGAAAACAAUGCGUCGACAUUACGCUAAUAUACAUGAGAAAGUUUUAAAAAUAGAUGGUGCUCCAAAUAUCGUCGAAUAAUGACGCGAAAAAGAGCUACAAGCGACAUAUAAAAGUUACUGGAUCAUCGACAGAAAACGAAAAGAUAAUGUUACGUGAAACUCUAAACACGAUUCUAGAGAAUUCCACCGCGAUGCCAUUCCGCAGGUACGGGAACAAGUAUAGAUGUUUCUACUGUAACACCAGUUUCUCAGAAGCCACCAAUUUGAGAGAUCACACGGCAGAACACGAAAAUGUUAAUAAAUCUAAAUGCGUUAAGAAAAAUGUCACUCAACUGUUGGUUAAACUGGACAUAAUUGGUUUACAGUGCAAAAUAUGUUAUCAGUCUAUAAACGAAUUUGAUGAUCUCAUCUCUCAUCUGGGAGAACACAACAUGAUCUUGAAUAAGAGUGUUCUACAAUACAUAAUUUGUUUUAAACUAUCCGAUGGCGAUAUCAAAUGUUUGUUUUGUAACGAGACAUUUGCUUUCUUUGGACCCUUACUGCUGCAUACUCAUCGUAAACACAAAUGUAGAGAAUUUAUAUGUGAAACAUGUGGCAUCGGUUUUGGGAGUAAGGGAGCCGUAGAUCGGCACUCCCAAAGCGUCCAUCCGACAAGCACGUACCAAUGCAGAUAUUGUGAGAAAAAGUUCUUUGCUGUACACCGCAGGGACAAUCAUGAGAAGCGAAUUCACAAUGUACACGAACGGAAAUGCCACAUUUGCGGAGACGUAUUAGGAAGUAUCUAUAAAAAGGACACACAUCUGGCCAUUGCCCAUAAUAUCUGGAGUUCUGAGUUUAAAUGUGACAUUUGCCCCAAGAAAUUUCGAUAUAAGCAUCUCCUUCUCUCACAUAAUAGAAGAAUACAUUUGAAAGAGAAGAAAAUAGUCUGUGAUGUAUGUGGUGAUAGAUUCUUCGAUCACCGCUUGCUGAAAUUGCAUAUGGCAAGGCAUAGUGAUUUGAAGCCGUUUGAAUGUGGAACGUGUCAAAAAAGAUUCCCAAGAAAAUGUGGCUUGGUCAUACAUACAAGGAUACAUACAAAUGACAGGAGAUAUAAAUGCAAACUUUGCGAGAAGGCGUUCGUUCAAUUCGCGAGUUUGAAGCUUCAUACAAAGACACACCACAACAGCAAUUCUAAUUAUGUAAACAAAAAAAAAUAAAGAUUAAAAAGAAAACAUAGGGUCUUAUUAAAUAAGUAAAGUUUUGAAAAUAAAUCAAACACUUGUAUAGAUAAAAAAUAAAAAUUGCAAUAAUGAGCACCUUCAUCUUCUUUUUUAUUUUUUUCAAUGGCAACUCGUCGUCAUUGUAUUCAAAUAAUUUUUUUUUUUCGCGUCGUUUUACUUCUCUCUAAAGGUGCAGUUUUCAUAAGCACUUCUCGUUACUUCGGAAUUCUUGGCUCGUUCAAAUUGCGCGCCUUUUUUAAAUUACAAGAUUAAUUAAAUUACGAACACAAAAACAGAUGACAUGUAAAAGGAGAUGGAAACCGAAUUACCGCAGGCUAGUAAAUGUGUAAUAAAUCUGUUUUCAAUAGCAUCAGAUAAAA